UUGUGAGGGGUCCUUCGAAAAAUUUCUCCUCGAAUUUUCUGCACUGUAAAUGGUCCCUAGACCCUAAAACUUUGAGAACCCCGGGGAUAAAAAAAAAUAGUCUUAGUUUAUAUGUGUCUUUUAUAGUCAGUGUAGCAUGGUCAUUCCCAAAAUGUUCAUAAUUGUAUGAAACCAACUCCCUUGAAAGAAAGGCAUGUUAGUACAGUCCACUAACCCGCGAAAGCUUCAUAAUAACAAUGGCGUCUGGAGCAGGCCGCCGUAGGCGCAAGUUUGAGAUUGAGGAGGAGAAAGCCGCCAAGAAAGCAAAAGGAGAAGAAGAGGUGCCCCCGGUGGACGGUCGAAAGGUGGUUAUCGAACACUGUAAGAGCUGACGAGUGUAUGGGCAUAAUGCCGAAGGGGUGAAAUCUGCCCUGUUGGCUGCAUGCCCUGAACUGACUGUGGUCCUCAAUCCCGAGAAGCCUCGCAGGAACAGCUUUGAGAUCACUCUGAUAGAUGGGGGCAAAGAGAUUUGUCUCUGGACCGGAAUAAAGAAAGGUCCACCUCGCAAGCUCAAGUUUCCAGAACCUAAUGUGGUAGUUUACGCUCUACAGGAGGCUGUCUGUAUCAAAUAGAUGCAAGAUGAUUGUUCGUGCGUGUGGCUUGUGGAAGCAGAAUGACGAGGGGGGACCAAAGUGGAUGUUUCUCCUCUGAUGAACAAAGUGACGCCAGCUCACACUUAUGAUCACAUGGCGGCAUCUACUGGAGAAUUUUUAGAGCAAAAUUCCAUGCCAGAAACUGUUGUGCGUUUUUUUUGGACAGCAUUGCAAAUUUGAUUUUUGUGCUAUUUUAGUAUUUUUCUGCGAAGUAAAAUUGUUCAAAAUUUUGUUGUAA